AACCUAACCCAUCUUAUGAUUCUAUUCUAUGAUUCGAAGAUAAAAAGCCUGGAACCCCCAGUUCACAACCUGAGGGUGAGUGGAAAAACUUUCAGACCCAGAGAUUUUUGGCACUGGCUAGCUGGAGCCUUUUCCUAUUUGACAAAGCCUCCAGUAAAUGAACCGAGGGAACCGGAACAGUUUCUAAUGCAGGCGCCCCAGGGAAAUCCACUGCUGCUUUCCCACACCCUACAAGAGCUAUUGAGCAAGGAUAGUGUGCAGGUGGAGCUUAUACCUGAGAAGAAGGGCCUUUUUCUGAAACAUGUGGAAUAUGAGGUUUCCAGCAAGAGAUUCAAGUGCUCAGUCUAUAGGCGAUAUAAUGAUUUUGUGGUAUUCCAUGAGAUGCUGCUGCAGAAGUUCCCCUAUCGUAUGGUGCCAGCACUUCCACCAAAGAGGAUGCUGGGAGCUGAUCGAGAAUUCAUAGAAUCAAGGAGGAGAGCACUGAAGCGUUUCAUAAACCUGGUGGCGCGACAUCCCCCUUUCUCAGAAGAUGUGCUCUUGAAACUCUUUCUGUCCUUCAGUGGCUCAGAUGUACAGAAUAAGCUAAGAGAACUGGUCCAGGGAGUAGGAGAUGAAUUUAUGACCUGCAGAUUAGCUACUCAGGCCAAGGACUUCCUUCCAGCUGACAUGCAGGCCCAGUUUGCUGCCAGCAGGGAGCUCAUCAGAAAUAUUUAUAAUAGCUUUUAUAAGCUUCGGGACCGUGCAGAGAGAAUAGCUUCUCGAGCCAUUGAUAAUGCCUCAGACCUUCUCAUAUUUGGAAAGGAGCUAAGUGCUUUGGGCUCAGACACUACACCGCUUCCUUCCUGGGCUGCUUUGAAUAAUAGUACGUGGGGGACUCUGAAACAAGCCUUGAAGGGCCUGUCUGUGGAAUUUGCACUUCUGGCAGAUAAGGCUGUGCAGCAGGGUAAACAGGAAGAGAAUGAUGUGGUGGAGAAGCUGAACCUUUUCCUGGAUUUACUCCAGUCCUAUAAAGACCUGUGUGAAAGACAUGAGAAGGGGGUAUUGCACAAGCACCAGAGAGCAUUGCAUAAGUACAGCAUGAUGAAGAAGCAGAUGAUGAGUGCCACUGUGCAGAACAAAGAACCAGAGUCCGUGGAGCAAUUGGAGUCUCGGAUUGUGGAGCAAGAAAAUGCUAUCCUAACCAUGGAGCUGCGGAAUUACUUCUCUCUGUAUUGCCUGCAUCAGGAGACACAGCUUAUCCACAUCUAUCUGCCUCUCACAUCUCAUAUUUUGGGAGCCUUUGUCAACUCCCAGAUCCAGGGUCACAAAGAGAUGAGUAAAGUUUGGAAUGAAUUGAAGCCGAAGUUGAGCUGCCUCUUCGUGGCAUCUAGCAAUAUGCCAACUCCACCAUUGUCACCUCCAGAGGGAAACUUCUUCUCCAAUUAAUGCUCUGAGCAUCUAGCAUGGAGCAAGGAGUGCAAUCAACGCAGGGGUGGGAUCUCUACCUCCAGAUAUUAGAAUGGAUCCUCCAAACAGCUUUUUUUUUUUUUUUUAAUAUUGCUGCUUUGAGCUGCUCUCUGAUUUAGACAGACUGGAUGUGGGGCUGAACGUACGGAUGUACAGACAAUCUCUUAAUUUUGAAAUGCUCUGGGGCAGAGCUGAUGUUUAUUCUCCUGCAGACACGUUUCAUGGGGUCAGGAUAUGACCUCGUGCAGCGAGUGCUGCGGUGUUGUUGCUGAUGCCUCUGCAUCUUGCACUCCGAGUCCUCCAGCUGUGUGCUGACACGUCUCUGCGCAUCUCUGAAGUGCUUAAAUGACCAGGAUAUCAGAAGCACUUGCUUGUAGCAGAGAUGGAUUGCCUUUUAAGCUCAGAGGGCCUGUGUUAGGGGCAUAAGCGCAUAAGGGAACCUGAAAGCCAUCCCCUGUCCCAUUGAUAGGUGUCUGGAUUUGUUUUCUUACUGGAUUCGCUAGCCCAGCUGGGCAGGGGCCGGCGCUGCUGUGGGAUGGGGUUUCCCCAGCGAGGCUCGGCAGGCUGCCUUGUCACUGCAUUUCAGUUAGCAGCUGUUGGACAGCCUGGGGACUCGCUUGGGUUGUUCAGUUUGGGGCCAAAGAUGACUGGGUUCAGAAACUCGGAGGAGUUUGACUGGCAUAAAUGAGAAAAUAAUAGAAUAAAACACUCCUUAGUUAUAAACCACUUACACUGUAUGAGCAGAACAGCUAUAAGGUAACUUGUUUACUUUGUUCUUGAGGUCUUGACAUCCAUCUGCUGAGUUGCUGUUUAGGACUAUUGGAGAGCUUCUGUCCCGAAGACUGGUGUUUUCUUUGGUCUAAGAUCAGAUGAAGUAUCCUGUUACACCAGCAGGCUGGGACCCAGUGCUGAUAAAGUUCAUUAGCAAAAAGUUAGUGUUUAUCAGGAUGUUACUGCCGUUCUUUUUUCUGGCUCUGGGUUGUGUUUGUGGAGGAGAGAAGACAAUUAAGUGAUGGUUCUUUAUCUCUAAAAGUAGCACAGUCCUUGGUAGUGGGGUUUUCAGAAUUGUCUGUGAUUGUGAUAAAGGGACUAAACAUUCUCCAUGUUUCACUUUGAAUCUCCAGUGACUUUUCCUCAUGAGGGAGGAGAAUUUGAAUGCCCUGUUACCUUAGGGGAAAUUGUGCAUGUCCUCCAGAGAGACUGAUAAGCGAAGAAACUGCAAACGUAUGCAGCAAAAAUCUACUUGAACAGGACUCUCCUGAACCAGACUUCUCUGGGGCUGAAAUAGCUGCCCAGGAGAAUUUGGUGGUUGGCUUCUUAGCAUUUCCUUUGAGUGGGUAGAAGGAAGCACAUUAACAAGGAUGGGUGCUUGCUGUCAAACUGGAACCAUUACAGUAUUUUUCCCAUGGGGGAACUUCCCCAUUAACAAGAAAUAUAUUUAAAUCCUCCAAUCACAGAAGCUUUUUUCCUUUUUUUUUCCUUCUCUUUUUUUUUUUAUUAUUAUUUAGAAAAUUUUUUGCAACAUAAAGCUCUUCCUAGUCCAGGUGGAAAUUAUGGAUUAGUUUCAUUAGCUGGGCGGAAGGUAGUAAGUUAUUUGCCCGAUUUAAUGAGACUGGCAGAACUGUUACACCCCUGAAAAUGUGGUGAACUGUACUGAUGUGGGUAAGUUUCUUGGAUGCUGGGCCUUAAGGAGAGUGUAGGGAGUCUUUAACAACUUUGCUCAGAAAGCAUUAUCAACAGAUUUUCAUAGCAAUCAAAAUGUUAGCUCUCUUCUGAGGCUUUUCUCCUGCAUACUGGCCUUGUCUGGUGAGACAUGAACUGCAAAUGGCUGUGACAGAUUUGAUUCUGUCUCCUGAAGAUUCCUGAAGUGAUGCAGAAGGGAUUCUGCUCACAAGCCAGAGCAGAGUGGCUGGGGAAGGAAAUGUUUCUACAGUGCAGUAACAAAGAAGAUACUAUCUCAAGAAUGGCACAAAAGUUUUUUUAUGCUUGACUUUUGGUUAGGAAGACAGUUUGUGGUUACAGUGUGGGAAGAGCAUUUACUGUAUUUUUAAAUGCUCUUUGCUCCUAUCAUCUUUAGACGGUGUUGGCUGGUUGUGGCCUGCCCUUUGCUUAGUCCAAGUACCAUCCUCCCUUGUUUACCUUUGUUUGUCUGAUGGGGUGAACAGUCAAACUAAGAGAAUACUGUAUGUUUUGGGGCAAGAUCCAUCUCUGUGGUGGGUCUUGUAGGUAACGUGUUGGGCUGGGGGAGAUGACUGGGAUGUGCUCUGUUGCAAAGUAUUAGUAUUAGUAGAAAAGUUACAGGUUUGGACUCUAUUUAAAAACAAAACUCAA